UACUAGAAAUCAACUGAAUGAUGAAUUAUCAUCGAUGUCAUUAGAUAAAAUUUGUGAUUAUUUAUCAUCUGAAUCGUAUCAGACAAUUGCACGUUCAAAACUUAAUUUUACUGAAUUACAAGCAUCUCAAGAUCAAAAUGAAUUUCUACUUCGUUUAUGCUAUUUAGCAUAUCGUUGUUAUCAAAUUCAAUUGCAAUCGUACGAAGCAAAACAUUUAUACAAUGAAGGAUAUAUUCGGGUGUUAAAAGAUGAAUAUCAACUAUUAAAUUCCGAGAAAAAUGAUCUUUUUGACCAAUUAACACUUGUACAACAGCAAGAUCAUGAAUUGCAAACUAGAUUAGACAAAUCAAAAGAUGAAAAAAAUGAACUGAGUAAGCGACCAUCUCUUCACAAGAAACUGAAUGCCGUUGACUUCGAAGUGAUGUAUAAUGGACUUUUCUCACUAGGCAGACAGACAUCGAAUUCUAAACAUGAUAAUGAAAUAGCUGAAUUAAAAUCGUCUUAUGAUAAAGUUCUAGAAGACAUACAACAACAGCGCCUUCUAAAAUAUGAAUUGUGUGAACAAUUAUCAAUAGAAUUAAAACAAGUAAGAUCUGAUUUACAUUCAAAAUUGUCUCAGUACGAUCGAGAACAUGUCGAAUAUGAAGAACAAAAAGUUCAGAUUAAACAGUUAACCGAUUUUCUUCGUGAAUACAAUUAUGCGGAAUUGGAACAGAAAUAUAUGAAUCGAGAACGAGAUUAUAUCGAAAUGGAAAAGAAUUGUGAUUAUUUCAGACAAGAAUUAGAACGAUUAAAAAAUAUUGAACAAACAAAUUUAGAACAAAAUUUGAAGACAAAACAAGAAUUAGAUUUGAUGCAACGUGAAAAAGAGACAUUGGAAGAUUUGAAUUCAGAAUUAUUUCAAUAUAAAGUACAACUUCAGCAACAAUAUGAGUCUGAUAUACAACCAAAAUUAUCGUCAACCCGAGUCGCCGUUACACCAAUAAAUGAACAGGAAGAUGAUCGAUUUGAUCAUAAUACCAUUGAUAACAGUGGUCGUUUGUUUAUUCAACAAAAACAGCGUACAUCUCCAGCGAUUAUACACAAAGAUGUGGUAAGAAGGGAGCAAGUUGAAUAUCAACCAAGAACAGAUAAUAGAGAAGGAACACACGAUAAUAUCGUAGAUGAGCAGCAACCAUCUCGUCACAUCGAAACAAAUGACCAAGGGGUACAAUGUAAUUUACUCGAUGAUAAUCUAGUUGAUACGUCGAAUCAAAAAGUAGAUGUCUCAACGAUAAGCAAGUCUAAUACGCAUACACCAAGUGAUGAUACAUCGCAUGCCAGUGGUUCUAAAAGUAUAACAAGUCGACUAUUUAGCUUCUUUACCGAAAACGCAUCCCCCAAUGAGUUUGAGAAAGAAACUACUUUGUCAUCAAUACAGCCACAAACGAGUGAUUUUACUCAGAAACAGCAAAUCCCGCAUUCAACCGAUGCUGAUGAUCAUGAACUAGUACAAGCAACAACAACGGCAGAUUCAAAAACAAGCGGCAAUUCUUCCAUUCUAUUCAAUGAUAAAGAGACACAAUACGAGAUACUAGAAGAGAAUGACAGCGAAUCUGCGGAUCCUGUACGUCAACGUUUAAAAAAGACUUCAACACUCUUGCGUACAUCACUAUCAAAAAUAAAAACAUUAGAAAUGGAUAAUCGUCAGUUGCAAAGCGAAAUUGAAAAUUUAAGAAAUCAACUAUCGGAAUAUGAGGAACCGCAACAAUUAUCAACAGUCAUUACCGCUCAAAAAACAGUACCAAAAACUGAAAAAAAUCAAGACAUUUUAAUGGAAGAUGAUGGAGAUGAUUCGUCCGAAGAUAUUAGUGUAAUUAAAUUGGAUCAUAAGAUAACUCAAACAGGAGAUUUUACAAAAGAACAACAACAAGAAGUGAUACAAAAACUAUUGGAAGCUAAAAAAAUGUUAACAACAGUUAAACGUCGUUUAGAACAAAUAAUGAAUUUAGCACAAUUUAUUAGAAGCGAUAAAGAAUAUUCUCUGCUAGAAAUGACUGAAAUCAUUCAAAAUUAUUUUGAACAAAAACAACUUUCAAACGCCAUGUCAACUAAAAACAUUCAAGGAGAGACAGUUGAAAGUGAUGCAGCAAUUAGAGCUGAUACAGGUAUUCAUAUAAGCAAUGCUAAUACUCAAAUACCCACAAGUCGUUCUGAAACAUUUGAUAGUGAUAAUCACUAUCGAUUAUCAACUGAAUCAGAAACAAAUGAUCAAAGGAAAAGAGUUGAUCAAAAUAUUCCGUCUAAAAUGAAAACAAGUGAUGUGAAAGAAAUGAGAAAAGACGAUAUCGAAACACCGGCAGUGAUCGAUGAUAGUAUGGAAAAAAGUGUAACAAGUCGUCUAUUUGGUUUCUUCAGUUCUUCACAAGCAAAGACAUCAACACCUGUUGAAGUCGAAGAAUCAUUACUAAAAACUAUUCCACUUAGUAGUUCAUCAUCAUCGAAUUUCGCUGUUCCAUCUUCUGCUCAAACCAACGAUCAAUCACAAGAAAAACUACAGCUUAUCAAUGUAAAAUUAAAACGUGCUUUACAAUCAAUAAAAGAGAAAGUACAAACAAUUGUUACACAACGGCCAGAUUUAUUCAUUGCUUACGAUCAUCAAACAUCCGAUUUCGAUACAAUUGAGAAUUUAGAUUUCUUAAUGAAACAGUUAUUAGAGAAAAAGGAUCAACAAUCCGAUACAAUUGGAAUGUAUGAGAUACAAAUUGAGAAUUUAUUUCAGGAACGAAAUAUGUUAAAUGAACAACAUUUAGGAGAAAUAAAACAAAUCGAUGAACAGUAUAAUCAUGAUUUAGAACAAUUAAAUCAAUUAUUGAGAGAAAAAGAAAAUGAAUUAAGUGUAAUCAAAGAAGAACAAAUAAAAAUAACAUUAGCUCAACGCAAUAAUGAUUUAAAGAGGUAUGAAACAAAUAUGUAA